CAAACCCUAUUAGUGAACAGGCAUUGUGGGAUAAGGGCGGAAUUGUAGUGGUUUCCGGAUUCACUGAAUUGGCCUGCUUGGGAAGAGAAAACAAGGAAGAUUAGCCACACAGUAGAAUCAUGUCACAGUCCGGAGAAAAAGGAAAGUUCCCUGAUGCCACUGGAUAUGUCGGCUUUGCCAACUUGCCCAAUCAGGUUCACAGGAAGUCUGUCAAGAAGGGAUUUGAGUUUACACUGAUGGUUGUCGGAGAAUCUGGUCUUGGGAAAUCAACUCUUAUUAACAGCCUUUUUCUGACCGAUCUCUACCCAGAACGCUACAUACCUGGAGCAGCAGAGAAAAUAGAGCGCACAGUUCAGAUCGAAGCAUCCACCGUGGAGAUCGAGGAGAGGGGAGUGAAGCUUCGCCUCACUGUGGUGGACACGCCAGGAUACGGAGACGCCAUCAACAGCCUGGAUUGCUUUAAGACAAUCAUCCAAUAUAUUGAUAAUCAAUUUGAGCGUUACCUGCAUGAUGAGAGCGGACUGAACCGUAGACACAUCGUGGACAACAGAGUACACUGCUGCUUUUACUUCAUCUCGCCGUUUGGACACGGUAUGAAGCCUCUGGAUGUCGAGUUUAUGAAGGCGAUCCACAGUAAAGUCAACAUCGUCCCUGUGAUCGCUAAAGCUGAUACUCUCACACUGAGAGAGAGAGAGCGACUCAAGAGACGGAUUUUGGAUGAGAUCAAUGAGCACGGUAUCCGGAUCUACCAGCUUCCUGACGCCGAUUCAGACGAAGACGAAGAAUUCAAGGAACAGACGCGUGUCCUAAAGGCCAGCAUCCCUUUUGCUGUGAUCGGCUCAAACCAGCUGAUCGAGGUGAAGGGCAAGAAGAUCCGUGGACGUUUGUACCCGUGGGGCGUGGUGGAGGUGGAGAAUCCCGAACACAACGACUUCCUCAAACUGCGCACGAUGCUAGUAACUCACAUGCAGGACCUACAGGAGGUCACUCAGGAUCUACACUAUGAGAACUUCCGUUCGGAGAGACUAAAAAAAGCCGGCAGAGCGGUUGAGGAGGACGUGCUGGACAAAGAUCAGAUCCUCUUGGAGAAGGAUGCCGAGCUGAGACGCAUGCAGCAGAUGAUCGCACAGAUGCAAGCGCAGAUGAAAAUUAAACCAGGAGACAACUAAGAGUGUGUGUCUUUGUAUGUAUGUGUGUGUGUGUGUAUUUGUGUAUUAUUUGUGGGAACAGGACGUGCCAUCUUAUUGGAGGUUUCAUCCUCUGCAAAUCCUCCCCAAUUUUAAACACUAUUCACUGGUUAAAUCCCUUAAAAGACUAUCAGAUUAAAUUUUUAUCCUGUUAAUGACAUCUAGAUCAUGUGACCUUUACUACUUUACAGCUCCGCCCAUACGAAUAACCUCUAUACUUUUCAAAACGGUCCAUUAUGAUGUCAUUUGUCAACGGUUUCUGUCAAAGCAUGGAAAACUCUUAAGUUAUUUAGUUUGUAGUUAGUCACGGUUUCAUUGUGAAACUUAAAGGAGCAUUCAUACACAUUCAAAAUAUACUCAAAUAAAUAUAAAGUUAAGAUAAUUUUACCACCAAAUAUAGCUCUAUUAAGUCUUAAGUAAAAGUUAUACAUGUCAUUUACAAGUAUGCAUAUUCUAUAAGGUUUAAACAUGAAAUGUAAUUAAAUAAAUGUACUGUUUCUUGAUUUUCUCUGCCGAACAGCUUAGCCGCCGCUUAUACAGUUGUUUUUCAUGUAUCAGCAUCACAUAAGUUUACCAGUUGAUCCCAUCAACACUUUAUAACACACAUACAGUGCUUUCAUUGUGGAGAAAUUGAAUAAAAAUGAGGACUGUGUAUUUGUAGAUGCAGUCUAGUCAAGUUUACUAAUGUGUACACGUUCAUGAAUACUGAAGUUAGUGUGUGUUUGGAAAUGUGUCUUUAUCUUGAUAAAACCGUCAUGUGUGUUUGGCAUUACGUCUUUCAUGAAGAAAUACAGCGAGAGUAGCACAUGCAUGUUUAAAUAUACCAUCAUUAAGAAGCCGAGUCAAAUGCUUGCAAAUCAACUUUUUCUCAAAAUUGGUUCAAUCUCCAAUUUUUCAAACACAUCUGUAGGGCGUGUAAGAUCCAAGCCUUGCGUAGGGCAGCGUUUCCCUCUAGUGGACAGUACUGAGAAGAGUGUGACAAUUGGACAAUCUCUUGAAAUGUAGCUUAUGAUGUUUUGUUGGUAAUUCAAAUCUUUUGGAAAGGGGAAAAUUGUUAUUAAAGGGAAUGAUUGUUGAUCUCAGCAGAGCGUGAGUGUUGUGAUGGUACUAAAUGACGUGCAAGUUGAAGUGUUGAUCGUGGUGUCACUAAGUCAGCACCAUGAACUCAUUCACAGAAAUGCCUUAAAUCCACCUAUCAUAGAAAUAUUCUGCAGACAUUUAGGGUUUCUCUUUUAAUACUUUGUCUUUGUUCUGGGGUUUCUGUUGUUUUUAUAUCAGUUUUAUUGCGUGUAUUUUUGCUACUCUUUACUUAGUACUAAACAUUAUACUACAGAGACAAAUUCUAGUUGAUCUUUAUAUUUCUUGUUUACCAGGAACAUUUAACGUUAUAUGUUUUAAAGAGAAGAACGGUACUAGUAUUAAGAAUAGGUCAGAAAGACCAUCAUUGUACUAUUAUUACUGUCUGUAAACACACUGUUUGUUUUGUUUGUUUGUUUUUUUGUAUUUGUGGUUCAGCCCAGUUAUUUUGACUUGGUUAUCUCCUGUUAAAAAGAAUAACACCAUUUUCAUCUUGCGGUACAGUAACUGUAAAGCUUUCCUAUUUUAAAAGUUCCUUUUUGUACUUGAUCAUGUUGAGAAAUAAAAUAACUUUCUGAGUCA